AGAAUUAAUUUCUUAUCUGCAUAACUUUCAGUGCUAAUGUUGGAUAUCAGUUUUAUCCUUUGUGAACUUCCUUCGUUACAGAUGUACUAUCGUUGUCUUAUAGUUAACCUAGAUUUUCAAUUGUAACACAUAUCGACUUUCGUGCAUUGAAUAAAUCAUAUUAUUUGAAACAUUUGUCAAAGUCUUGUUUCGUUGAAACGUCGCGUAUUUAAAUAUUUCGGUCAAUAUGUAGUUAUUCGAUAAAUUCUCUUGCAUAGGUCAAGAUAAGAUUCAUAAUACGAAAAAACACGCGUAAUCGUUUGGAUUCAUCAACACGAUUCUGAAUUAGAUCGAUACACCAAGUAUUUUUCACGUAGGAAUUAUCAAAUAUUUUCUACGUAAUAAAUAAUAAAAAAAUUCGUACGUUGUGAGCAAACUAAUUUAUUAAAGGAAAUCGGUAAUUAAAAUUCUGUGUAUUGUGCUGUAUCUAUAUAAACUUGAUAAAAUUAUGAUGGUUUUAUGUGAGUGUAUUAAUUCUUAAAUAUGUAUUUCUCGCGGACAAGCGCACGUGUCUAUAAAAAUGCAAAACGUAUCAUAUUAACAAGUCAAGGUGCACAGAAUAUGGGCCUAAACGCAGCUGUACAAGCUUUAAAAAAAGCCGAGCCAUUAAAGGAUAAAGUUCAACGUUGCAAAGAUCUUUUAAAUGACAGUGAUGCAUGGGUAUGUCAACAACAAUUACAAAAAAUAUAUCAACAAGUUCUUAUAUUGGAUCUGGAAUAUGCACUGGAUAGAAAGGUUGAACAGGAACUUUGGAACCUUGGAUUUAAGAAUUACAUAGCAACUUUGCAAUCACAAGCAAAGGACAGGAAGAAUCCAAAGCGAGGAGAAUCACAGGCUUUGCUUAGUUGGUGUUUGGAAGCAGCAAGUGGUUUCUAUUUGACAUUACUACAGGAAAUUUGUACUGCAUUUGAUCUAGAUUUACCAUUCAGGAGGAAAGGCUAUAUUUAUGGGUGUACGUCGCCGUGGAAAGCCGUUGAAAAAUUAUCAGUGCCUCAUAAGUCGUCGUGUUUUUACGCGUGUCAGUAUUGCCUUGUGCAUUUAGGUGAUAUUGCUCGUUAUAGAAACGAGAGUAAACAAGCAGAGCUGUUCUACAGGCACGCGGUAUCAUUAUCACCGUCCAGUGGACAACCGUACAAUCAAUUAGCCCUUCUCGAAGCGUCUCGUGGCAAUAAAUUAGGCACCGUGUUUCAUUAUACACGGUCUGUUGCCGUAAAACAUCCUUUUCCUGUGGCUACAACAAACUUGGCAAAAACGUUAUCCUCCGCCUUAAACGACACUUCGUUGAAUAUCGACGGAAAGACUAAAUUAACUUCUCAAGAAUACAUAGCAGUCUUCUUAAAGCUUCAUGGUAUUAUCCAUAAUCUUGGGGACUUGAAGGUUGCGUUCACGUAUGCAAAAUUAUUGACGGAAACACUGACAGCUUUGGUCGCGACAGAAAGUUUCAGCUCUUGGAUGCUCGUACAAAUGUUCGUAAUUAAUUUGUAUGCCUUGGAACAUACGACAAGUGUUGUCGUAGGUAGCACCGAAUCGUUGAAAAACGAACAAUUUACGUUCGAUGAAAAAAAUGCUCGAGAUUGCAUUUUGGAUCUCAUAGCGGGCAGUUUAUCCGCUUUAUUACUACCUGUCUAUACAAUAAAGAAUUCUAUUGUCGAAUACUUCGCUUUGCCUUCUAUAAAACUGUGCCUUGAUUGGAUCCAUACGAAACCCACAGUUUUGGAGGAAGUAGCUUUUACGUCGAGACUUCAAAUCUGGCCCAGCCUUUGCGUCUUAUUAAACGCCUUGCAGAAUUGCGUAAUCGAUUUCGCUUACGAUCAGUACGUUAAAGUACCACUGCCAGAGGAUCGUGAUUUACAAGGUUUCUUACCAUUGGAGAAAAGUUUUGAGUAUUUAAAAUUUACAAGUACCGAUUUAGAGGAUGACAUCGAGGCUUACAACAAAUUACGGGCGGUUCGUAUUCUUCGUUUAGGCCAUUGUUUAGCCCAAUAUAGAAUUAAUGGCUCUGCAUUAAUUGCUAUCACAUUGGGAGAGGAGAAAGGCGAUAACAAAUUUAGCUCUAUGAGCGAAGGAAGCGGGCCGAGCAACGAAUUGAUGAAAGAACUAGAAGAACUUAGUUUAAAUAAAGAAAGACAGUCUGCGAUAUCGGCCAGCCCAGUGUUUUCGGAAUCUGCCAGUAGUAAAGGUUCCACGGACGUCGAUAUGUUGGAGAGUACAUUAGAUAAAAGGAUAGGUAUAUUGAAACCUCAGGGUUCAUUGGAGCGAAGUAAAGAUUCGAAUACAGAAUGUAACAGUUUUGAGAGCAACACGCUAUCUAUAACCAGAAAACCAAGACAAAAUAUAGCGAUGCAAGCUAUUAUGCGACGUGCUGAAACCGAACAAAAGCAAGUCACUUUUAAGAAUGUGUCUCCGCUAGUCGUGGAAGAGGAAAAUGAGAAAAAGACUAAAUCGACUUUGGUGUCGCCAGCAAAAAAUAUGCCGGUUGGAAACAAAAAUAUGUCGGUGAUUGGAGAAGCAUCAAAACCAAACAAUGUUCCUAACGCGUCUACGAGCACAUUAGUUACCGUUCCGAAUCGGUUACCGUUAAUGCCUUUUGCUACGACUACUGUACAAAGCCAGAUUAUUUCUGCUCAAAACCAAACCAAAGCAGCGAAAUUACAGCACACUGUCUCGCAACCACCGCAGAUUAAUCAUCUUGCUACAAAAGAACAGCAAACGUCUGGGAUGCUAGCCCCGAUAUCGAGUAUAUCUCAAUGCGUGGGAAAUAUUUGUUACCAAAGCCCAUCGUUCAAUGUACAAAAUCCGCAAUUCACGAAAAAUUAUAUGACGAACCAUGUCGGAAAUAUGUCGAGCUAUCCAAUUCAAGGACAUUUUACUAAUUCGGUGCAACAACCUAUGUCUCAAAAUCUAAGUUUGCAACAUACGUCGAAUCAAAAUAGACCUUUGCAUCAGAGAAUGCAGAUCCACAGUAUGCCACAGAAUUCGUUAUUACAUCAAAAUGUUGUCCUUCCAUCAUCUACUCAGCAAAAUGUCUUGCCGAAUGUCUCGCAGAACAUUAGUUCACAGCAAGCCGGAAAUCUUGGUCUGCAACAAAGUAUAAAUAUGCAACAACAGUGUCAUAGUUUAGACAUUCAACAGAAUCGCAACUUGGGCGUGCAACCACAAAAUCUGACAAAGACCAAUCUUAGACCGAGCGCGAUAUCCUUACAUAAUCAAGUUAGUUUAACUAGUUCAGCGAUCAUGAACGCUUCAACUUUGUCAACGUUAAAUACAUAUCAAAAGAAGCUUCAUCAAACCGCGUCUAUGGUGCCUCCAAAUGUACCGAAUGCACCGGGUAAUACGUUAAGUCCAACCACUACAUCAAGCUUCCAGUUUAAUUUUAACCAAAGUGACUUCAACCAAAACAAUUUUGGUCAAUUAUCUCAGAAACAAUUAUCGUCAUCCAUGUACAAUAAAAGUUCGGAUAUCUUGGAAUUUUCGUUUCCCAAUCAGGUGGGCAUAUCGAAAAACACGUCGCAACCCGCGGAUAAUUAUCCGCUUUUUCAUAAUUACGAGAAUACAAACUUCAAUUUGUGGAAAGACACCCGACAGUCACAGCUUUCAAUACCUUGUUGGGGCUCGACUAGCGGAAACACGCAAUUGCACGGUAAAGAUGCAUCCGUUGUGGAGAACUAUCACAAUUGGGAGGACUCUGUUAAUCCUGGAAACAUGAUCUCGCAAGUUCCAUUGAGAACUUCUAAUUACCAAUCGGAUGUGCAACAUGCCAAACACUUCACGGGUGGAAAUAAUUUCGAACAAUCUAGAUCUCUAGAAGUGGACUUGAAAUCGACUCAAUCGAUCAGUACGGGAAACACCUAUUCGUUGUUCAGCAGUAACAAUACUUGGGGAUCUAGUUCACAAGCUUGUAACUUGUCGAGUCAAGAUCAAGCAAAGACCCGACUCAGUCAACAAUCUUUAUGGUCCGGACCUGGCCCAUCACCUUUGGAACGGCUUCUGGAACAGCAAAAAUCGUUACGCGAAGGAGGUACUUGAAGGAAAGCGGAAUAGAUUGUGUCGAAGUAUAUUGGAAAGGGAUCUAUCCAAUUUGUGGAUUCAGCUAAACCAAGGGGAUCUAGCAAAACAUACCACAAUAAAUAUCAUCGAUUGUUCGACGAAAAUGUUAAAUUUGUUACAAAGCAACAGUUAGUGAGAGGUUUUGUAGCCGCUUAGAAAUUCGUUUAAUUAAAACGAAUAAUACAUACGUCCAAAGCGUUAUGAAAUACGCUCUAGAAAUACAUAGGUAUUACUUACUUACGCUAAUUAUUACGCGCACGGUAGAAAAUAAACUUAUUCUAAUAGUGCGUGUGGCACGAUUGAGUUUUCCAAAAUAGCCCUUUUAAAAUCUAUUAAAGCGUGUCUAAUUGAAAAUUUAAUUCGGAUCACGUAGAAGAAAUGAGAAUUCAAGGAUAAAAAUAAUUCAUCGCCAAGGAAUAAGUAGUAUAGAGACGUAUGCACAGAUCAUGUCGCUAAAGCUAGUAGCGUGUGUAAUCUGUGUAAGUUUAUAUCGUGAAAGGUAUACAUAUUCCGGUCAGUCGAUCAAUUUGAUACUUUGAUUCUACGAAUAAAAUCGGAAAGAAAGCACCUUUCUUUUGUUUUAUUUUUGAACAUUAACAUAUAUGUUCUUAAACGUACACAUACAUUCUAUUCGUACAUGUGUUGGUGCAGUUGUAAUUGUUAGUAUGCAUUUUGUAUCGUAUUAAUCAGCUUUACUAUUGCGUAUGUCUGUUUUCAACCACUCAAUUUACAAGCAUAUUUAUCUUUCAGUUUAUUUUGUAACAAUUAUGUAAAACUUUUGCUUAUAGAUAAUGCAUUACAAAAGAAACACAUAAAAUGUAUGAAUAUGCGAGGUACCCACAUUUUGCAAUA